AUAGUGAAGCCCGAACCGCGAGCUGCGCACACUGACUCAAGCAGCAUCAGCAGUGAGGUAACUCCGCAGCCCCUAAGCAACAUCAACCAUGUCAGACCUCUGUGUUGGAAUCAAUGGCUUCGGUCGCAUUGGCCGCCUGGUCCUGAGGGCAUGCCUCCAGAAGGGCAUCAGAGUCGUAGCCAUCAACGACCCCUUCAUCGACCUGCAGUACAUGGUCUACAUGUUCAAGUACGACUCCACCCACGGCCGUUACCAUGGCGAGGUCUCCCAUGAUGGUGGCAAGCUCUACGUUGAUGGCAAAGCCAUCUCUGUUUUCCAGUGUAUGAAGCCUGCUGAGAUCCCCUGGGGCAAAGCUGGCGCCAAAUACGUCGUCGAGUCCACUGGAGUCUUCCUCAGCCUGGAGAAGGCCAACGCUCACAUCCAGGGGGGUGCACAGCGUGUGGUCGUGUCCGCCCCCUCACCUGAUGCCCCCAUGUUUGUCAUGGGAGUUAACGAGGACAAAUACGACCCGUCCUCCAUGACCAUCGUCAGCAAUGCCUCCUGCACCACCAACUGCCUGGCUCCCCUGGCCAAAGUCAUCCACGAUAACUUUGGCAUCGAGGAGGCUCUCAUGACCACAGUCCACGCAUACACAGCCACCCAGAAGACAGUGGACGGCCCCAGCGCCAAGGCCUGGCGUGACGGCCGCGGCGCCCACCAGAACAUCAUUCCAGCUUCCACCGGCGCUGCCAAGGCUGUGGGCAAAGUCAUUCCUGACCUCAACGGCAAGCUGACAGGAAUGGCUUUCAGGGUGCCAGUGGCGGACGUGUCCGUCGUGGACCUGACCUGCCGUCUGUCCAAGUCCGCAUCCUACGCCGAGAUCAAGGAGGCCGUCAAGAAGGCCGCACACGGACCCAUGAAGGGAGUACUGGGCUACACUGAAGACCAGGUUGUGUCCUCUGACUUUGUCGGAGACACCCACUCCUCCAUCUUUGAUGCUGGCGCCGGCAUCUCCCUUAACGACAACUUUGUCAAACUCAUUUCCUGGUAUGACAAUGAGUACGGCUACAGCAACCGUGUUGCUGACCUGCUGCUGUACAUGCACUCCAAGGAGUAGACACUUCCUGUCCUGACAGGAAGUGAGCAUAGGGACCACCGCUAACCAUCAUGAAUCCUUCCCUUCUUUUACACAAAAGCCCCACCCAUAGCCAAAUCAUAGCAUCUUCAACCCCUUUAGCUCUACUACAGUAUAUGUAGGCAGCAGCAAAUGUGUGUUUGAGUGUUUUGAGUUCAUCUGUGUUUUCCUUUAAUGACAAGGCGACAAUUUGGUGAAAGUAUUUGUGUCCGUGUUCCCCCUCUCCAACUCCCACGGCUGAUUUAGAUGUGUAAUUAUGACUGAGUACUAUGGUAACUUCUGUAUCCAUCUCACUGUUAGUGUGAUUUUAAAAGCUUUGUCACCAGAGAAAGGAGGAACCUGAGCGGCAGACCUACUGUAAUUAUGACUCAAGAGUUGGAAAAAAUAAAGUUUGAAAAAACCCUUAA